AUAAAUGCAUCGCAUAACAGUGGUUUUUAGUUGAAUUUUUUUAAAUUGAUUGUUUUAAACAUAAAAAAUGCUGAAAUUUUCCAGAUUAUAAUUGAAAAGUAUUAAGAAAAAUGUCAACCGUGUUGAUAUCAACACAUCUUUAUGAGAAAAGGCCUUUGAAGAAACCUAGAUUAGGCCCACCAGAUGUUUAUCCACAGGAUCCAAAACAAAAAGAGGAUGAAUUGACUCAACAAUUCGUUAAACAAGGCUAUAGCAAUCGAACAUUACAAGAUGAACACGAAUAUGGAACAGAAAGGAAUGCAAAUAUUAAUACGACUAGGUUUGGUGAAUAUUUUAGCGCCAUUUUAGCCAAAAAGCACGAAUUGAAUACAUUCAGCGAUACGAGCAAGAAAAAACAUGUAGUCAACAAAGAUAGUGCAUUAUAUGUUACAGCCAAGACCAAACCUUAUGUUGAAGGUUGGUUCAAAGAUUUGGCUUCCAAUACGAAAUCAUUGGCACAUCUUUCAAAAAAAGUUCCGUUUUUCAACAAAAAAGAAGAGAUUUUCAUUUGGCUAUUUGAAUAUUCGGUACCGAUGAUCAAAGCACAAUGGUUUUUAAAAGUUUCAAAUGCUCAUCAAAUGGCAAUUUCCGAGUCCAAUAACAAAUCGAAAAAACGAAAUCAAAUGCCCGAUCCAUCUCAAGAAUGGACUGCCAGUUUAUGUAAAACACUCAAAGAAAAUUAUAUGAAGAUUAUGGAAGCCACAAAUCCUAAUUCGAAUGUGAAUAAUAAUGGAAAUACGUUUUCAUCGAUGGGCAAUUCUUUAAAUUCGCAACCAAUAAAAACCAAAGAGCUUCUGAAUCAAUGGGAAUAUUAUACAAGAUUAGCACGUUCGUUAUUUGAAGAAGGUUUAUUGGAUCGACACGAUUUCCUUUUUUGGCUGUUGGAAUUAUUUGAAAAAAUCAAAUCGAUUGAUGAUCAAUUGUUAACAUUAAUUGCUCCAAUGUUGGUCCAAUAUGUUAAUGAAUUUACACAGUCAGAAUUUCUGUCUCGUCAUCUUGCAUUCCACUGUGCUAGAAAAAUUAGCCAAUUAGUUGCUCAUGUUUCAAGUGAACCCGGUGUAGAGACGGAUAAAGAAAAUGUCAGCGAUCAUAAAGAUCCUGAUAAAACCAGUUCUUCAAUCCUUAUUACAAAUUCCAAAUCGUCAUCAAAUGAAUCAAACAACAACAAUGUAAUGUUGAUCUCAUGUUUCAAAGAUAUAAUCGCUUGUUCAAAAUUUCGUGAACUGUUACUCUCUUUAUCCUGUGUCAUACAAGUUAUAACCAUCGAAUGUCCUACUGCAUUGGUAUGGCAUAAUUUUGAUAGUUCAUCAUUCUUCGAUAAUACAAAUUCUGUGAGUAAAACACCUUUGCUACAUGGUUCUCCUUUAGAUUAUCUUCCAUGUGAACCAUCAAAUUUACCAAUCGUAUCGACAGAAAAUGUUGAAUUUUUACGCAAAAGACUCAGAAAUUCAGAGAAUUUAAUUCGUUACCGAAGUGCGAAUUCAGAAAAAAAAUGGUUUUUCAAAACAUUCGAAGCUGUUUCCUCUACUGAUUCUGUUGGGAAUGUUGUCAAUCGGUUGCUUGACGUUUUAGAUUCGAUUGAUAAGCAUUCAUUUGACAAAGUCACAUCCUCUAAUCCGUUGGAUACACUUUAUAAUAUAAUCUUUUAUCCUACGAUUCAUUUUGAUGGCGAUUCUUAUGGGUCUAACAGCGAACGAAAUCGUAGCAAUUCAAUGGCUAAUAAAUCAAUUCAAGAAAUUAUUGCUGAAGAUGUUGCUAUUGUAAAAUUACUUUGUGAAUGGGCUGUUACCAAUAAACGAUUGGGAGAAUAUCGUUCCAGAAUAGUAGCAAAAUUGCUCGAAAGAAGACAAAAUGAAAUUCUACAGGAAAAAGAUAACUUAAUUAAUGAAGUUGAAACUUCUGAAUCGAACAAAAAUCACGGAGAUUCUGAUAGCAAAGAAUUUCCCAAUGGAUGGAAUAACAAUGAAAAUAAAUCAACAUCGAUUAAUAAUAACGAUACCAUUCCCAUCUAUCAAAAUGUUCUGUUUGAAUUUCUCGACCAAUAUGCACCAGUUACUGAGGAUAAAACAUUAGGAAUAUUUUUUUCUACCAACACAUUUCCUAACAAUAACUGUUCGUCCGAUAACAAACAAUCUUUCUAUAAUUUGGUUUUAUUAUUUGCCGAACUAAUUCGUCAUGACGUUUUCUCCCAUGAUGUUUAUAUGCGAACACUAAUAUCACGAGGUCAUUUUGUUAAUCCACCUAACAUUUCAUUGGUUCCUUCAUCCAAUUCGAAUCAUCCAAUCAAAAAUACUAAUGAAGAUUCGCUUACAGGAUUAUUACCACCAAACAUGGAAACUGUUUCGAAUAGUGUAUUAAUGAAUCAACUUCAUAAAAGUACAUCUUCAUCUUCACUGCCAAUGUUUGAUCCAUUAUCAAACAAUUCAAAUCUUAAUAGCAAUGAGCAAUUAGGGUCGAACAUGUUUUCCAUCAAUGAAGAUGAAGAUAAAUUAGAUGAAGAUUUGGACAAAAUUCUACAGAAUAUUAAAGCCGGACAACAAAGUAAAGAUGAUCAAAAUGAUAUUUUACUUCCGGAUGCUAUUGAAUCCGAUAAAGAAGAUGAAACCAAUGAUCCAAAUUCAGUGAACACUAAUUCAACAUCAUUAUCGGAUUUGGCCAAUAAUAAUAAAAAUCAGCUAUCCGAUCAAAUCAAUGCUACAUCUAGACAUUUACUAUACACUUUGCAUUUUCCUUUGCCUCAAGAAGAAUCAUUUAUGCAUGAAUGUAAUCAACGACACAUACUUCUAUACGGUGUUAGUAAAACAAAGGAUGAGGCCCGACAUAUCGUUAAAAAAGUUACAAAAGAAAUUCAGAAAUUAUUCAAUAGAAAAAGUUCAUUGGACAUCAAUGAUAAUGGCAAAGUAAAAAAACAUGUCAUCAAGGAAGGAUUCAAUUUUGAAAAUGCUAUCGCAAAAUUUCAAAAUUUAUCUAUUUUCGAUCAACAUGUUGUGACGAAUACUUGUGCCAGCACAGUAUUGGAAAUGCUAAACGGUGUUGUCGUUGGUAGUGCCAAUCAUCUACCAUUGAUUGAAUCAAUUGCAUUUCUUUUCGAUCUCAUGGAAAUAGCAUUGAAUGUUAAUGGCUUAAUUGAAUUCAUUGUCCAGAUGCUACGAGAAUUGGUCGAAGUCGAAAGUGUUUUACAACAAAAAUGCUCAUUACUUGCUCGGCCAUAUUGUACAUCGAUUGGAUUAUACAUUAUUGGCGUACUCAAUCGUUAUCAUAAUUAUGUACUUGCAUCCACCGAAGAUAUCUAUCAAAUUUUUGAUGGAUUAUGGAAAUUAGUUCGUCAUGUCAGCACACCUAAUGAUUGUUCAUCAGCCGAACGUUGUAUUUUCUUUUACCUUGAUGAUCUAUAUUCGUCUUGUGCUUGUGUAUUGAAAAAAUAUCAAGAUAUAAUCAACCCGAUUUCACAAAAAAUCAAAAGCAUGAUUGUCAUUCGUGAUGAUAACAAGAAAGAAUCUUUGAAUCAUCCUUGUGUUAUGAUGCAAUAUUUGAAAAACCCACGAGAAAAAGUUGAUUCAAUUCACAUUCGUCAAUUGAAUGAAAAUGCAUCCGAUCGAUAUUCAUUGGUUUUCAAUGCUAUUCGCUGUAUAACCGAAGCAAAUGAUAUGGAUUAUUUAAACGAAUUAUCUGUACUUUGUGCCGAAUUGACUGCUUCUUGUUGGCUACUAUCGAAUGAAUGGUUCGACGCUAUUCAAGCGCUAUGCAUUCCUAAAUGUACAAAUGAUUACAGUUCGUUGCUAACACAAAUCAACAUUGGUGAUCGUAGCAUCUAUGACAAUCUUGCUGUCUUUGUUUCCAUUCUGGUAGCACGUAGAUGUUUUAGUCUUGUGGAUUUGAUUUAUCGCGUUUUUAUUCGCUCACUUCUCACACCUACUGUCGAAAGUGGAGAGGAAACCGAACGAAAAGCUAGACUUUGUUGCCAUCUCAUACUUUAUUUAUUCAAAUAUUAUGAUUCACCAUUGGCUGCUUCGAAUUCGGCCAUGAAUUCAUCGUUUGCAUCAUCAUCACGUUACUCAUUAACUAGCCCUGGUCCACUUGGACUUUCAACAGUGGCGCCCACUCUAGGUUCCGGACAAAAAUCUCCAUUCAAUAUCAAAUAUGCUUGCGAUCGUUAUCUUUUGGGUGGAGCACUUAAUUCAUUGCAACUUGAAUUAAUUCUUACACUUUUGAAAGCCAUCAUGCGACUUGGUACUCAAGAGAAAAAAAGUUGUGAGAAGAAUUUUAAAUCUGAUAAAUCUGAAUUUGAUUCAUUUUACAAACCAAUAAACAGUGAAGACGAAUUUAACGAUAGAACCUAUUUAAAUCAGAUGGCUAAAUCAAAAAUAGAUUCAACAGAAAAGCCAUCGUUAUCUGAUUUUGCUAAAUAUGUAUUACGUCAGGUUUGUCUACAAGAUUGGGUGCACGAUAGAUGUCUGCGUGGUUUCAUGAUUCAUCCGAAUACAGUAAAAAAAUUAUUUGACAAAAAAAUCUCAUACGAAGAUUCGCAAUGUUUACUAAAUAUGAUAUGUUAUCAUAAACAAAUAUUACCACCACCAGUAAAUAUUAAUGAAAAAAUAGAUUCAAAACAAAUAAUUAAUAUUUUUCAAAAUCUUGACGAAUGGUCAUUACGCAUUUCAUGGUUACAGCUUCAUUUAAUCUAUGAAAAUCUUGCCAACAAUUCACAAUCACCGCAAAGCAAUUAUGAAUGGUUAGAUACAUUGGCAUCGGCCAUAGUGGAAUAUUUUCAGCAAUCAUGUCAGUUCGAACCAGUUUUAAACAGCAAAAAUCUCACCAUUUUUACAUCAAAAAGUUCAAACAUAAAAACUAAUCUAUUGAAUUUCGGUAAUAAUAUUUCCAACGAAAGAAUAUGGCUAUUAAAACCAUUAAUUUCAAAGCUACCACUUCAAAAUAAAAUUCUUCGUUUUGCUGCCAUUAAGUUUGAUUCACCAAGUUGGAUUCUUUAUUCACAAAAUCAAUCGGGUUCGAUGAGUUCAAAAAGCAAAUUUGGAUUUCAAGGAUCCAAAAAUACGAAUAAUCUUGCUGGUAUUUCAUUGAAUAAUCUUAAUCCAACAACAACACUGUUGUCGUAUCAACCUUUCGUAUCUUUAUUACUAAUGUGUUUGAAUUCAAAAGAAGAUCAUAAAGAACUAAUUCUCAAAUCAAUGCAUUCUCAGCUGUUACAAUGUAUUAAUGAAAAACUGAGUGAUGAUAUUCGAUCGAAAAGUUUCAUUCAAGAAGGACUUCAACUUCGACUCAGUUUAAUUGGCGCAAUAUUUGACACUAUCAAAUCAUCAACAUCAUUGACAAAUGAUUGGGUAGUUUUGUUAGCACAAAUGAUCAGCUUUACUAUUGUUGAUCCACAUAUUAAUUAUGUAAAUUUUUCCACUGUAUUGGAUAUGCUCACAUCAUUGAUGCAUUAUUCACAUGCAUCAAACGUCUUACCUGAACAACGUGAAGAAAUUAAAAAACUCAAUCAAAAUUUGAUUAGAAAACUGAAAAAAGAGCUUAAUGUUGAACGAGUUGGAGUAGGAGUUAGAAUGGCUAGACAAUUAUUACCAUUAGUCAAAUAUCAAUCGGAAGUGAUCGCAUGUGAGGCUAUGGGUUCAUUGGUCGAUACUAAAGGAAACAAAAUAGCUGGAUUUGAUUCUAUCGAUAAAAAACAAGGCUUUCAAGCAUCUGGAAAACAAAAACUUUCACCGUGGGAUUUGAUUGAGGGUGUUAAAAAUUAUGUUCCAAUAAGUUGGACAUGGUUUGGGGCAAUAAAAAUGGAACGUAAACCUUUGCGAUUGGAAGAGAAUUUCUGUCUUCUUGCUCGCCAUGAUCAUGAUAUGUGUAAACCGAUUUCAUACUAUAUAGAAUCACCACCCAUUCCACCUGAAGAUGAGCCACCACAAUUGCCAGCACAACCACAGCUACCACCACAGCAGAUCAUGUCUCAGAAUUCAUUACCCCCUCCGCAACUUGGCUACAAUCAAGCUCAUCCGGUAAUAUCGCCAAACGGAUCGAAUAUAUCUUCUGUUGGCCAACCAACUGGGCCACCACCGCCGCCGUCUUCUAAUCUUAUGAACAGUAUACCACCACAACCUCAUCCACCUUUUAAUUCUAUUCCACCUCAAAGUGCAACCCAUCAUCAACUUCAUCAAGGACCACCUGGAGGUCCACCUAAUAUGGGUCAAAGUGGCUUUCAAUAUCACGUAAACUCAAUGGCAAUGAGUUCGAAUAACAUAUCUCAUGGCUCAAUGCAAGGUCCUGCUGGUCCAACUGGCACAUCUUUGCCAUCGAAUGUGAUGCAUUCUUCUCCAAUCGUACAACAAGUCCCUACACAACAACCUCCUCCUCAUAUGAUGAACAGUAGCAAUAACGAACCCACGUCACAUAUGAAUCCUCAAAAUCAUCCUAUGAUGAUGGCAUCAUUGAAUAAUUCAUCGAUGAUGCCCAUGCAAAUGGAUAUGAUGGAUAUGCCUCCAUCAGGACCACCAAAUCUCAAUCGAUCUAUGCCUGGUUUAAGACCAUCAAUGACUCCAAGUAAUUUGCCAAUGCCAUCAAUGCCAGCUAUGAAUACCAGAGCACAAACACCGAAAAAACCGAAAACUACUCGAAAACGGCGAAAUGCAAAAAAUCAACAAGCAGUCAAUAUCCCUCCGAUACCAAGUCAACCCACUCCUCCGAUACGGAUGUCCAAUUCUUUUGAUAACUAUAAUUCCAACUCGGUCAAUUCUAAUCAGAAUGCCCCUGCCAAUUGGACCUAUCAAAAUCAAAAUCCACAGCAAUCUAACAUGAAUUCCAACACACAAUCGUUCUAUCAUCAAUCUGGGUCAGGCCCUGUUCCGAAUCAAACAGGAUCUUCAAUGAUGAUUCCACAGCAAGCCACAAACCAACGAUUCCAAGGACAAGUAAUUCAGCCAAAAGAACGUUUACGCGCAAUGCUUCAUCAUCGACAUCCUAAUCCAAAUCAAUUCAAUAUGAAUCAGAAUGAACCUUCAGCAACAAAUGUUGUCAAUUCUGGUUCAAUGAUGAAUAAUCAACAACCAACUGGCCAAAUGUUUCCAUCUCGUCAUCAGAUGCCAGCGAUGAUGCAAAAAACUCAAAUCAGAGCUCAAGGACCUCAACCUCCAAAUAAUCAUUCGAUGACCAAUCAAAAUAACAUUUUCCAACAACAGCAGCAGCAACAACAACAACAGCCGCCACCACCUGCUUCUCAACAACAAUUGAAUCAAGUUAAUCCUGGCUCCAUGCAUCAUCAUAUGCAACAAUCAUCAAAUUUUAGACCAUCACCUUCUGUACAAAACGUUCAAUUUAAUAACAAUAUGCAAUCGAUGGACAAUUCAAUGUCAUUGUCAACCAAUCCAAAUUAUCAACAGCCAGCAUCUAAUUCUCAACAACAAAAUAUGAUGAUUCGUCCACAAAUGGCAAUGAAUUCGCAACAACAAAAUCAAGGACAAUUCAUGCAACAAAGAUCACAAUUUUCCAACUAUGCCGGACAUCAAGUUCCAUCUCAGUCUCAACAACAACAACAACAAACACAACAGCCGCAACAACAGCAAAUGAUGAAUAAUUGGCAAGGUAAUCAAAUGGGACAAAAUCAUCCAAGAGCACCGAUGACACAGCUUCAACGGCAACUUUCGACACCAAAUCCCGGGCAGCUUCAAAGCUCAUACCCAUAUUAAUUUUUCAAUGACUUAAUUCAAUUAUAAAUGACCAUUUAUUUUAAUUUAA